CCAAACUCCCGACACAACCCGCAGUCCUCGUCGUCUCCAAUCGAUACAACCCGCCGCUCCGACACAGGCGCAUGGACGCCGGAGCUCCCCUCUCCAGCUCCGCUGCGCUGCACCCCUGCUCUCCCGCACGUCCUCCUCCGCCGCCACAGCUUACUCCUCAGCCGCUCCCUCCUGCCUCGCGUAGCUCCCCUGACCCCCUUGCCUGCCUCCCGAAUCUCCCCUCUUUCACUCCAAAAAUCAUUUCUUCUCCUCCCGCCGUGUCUCCUGCUCGCGUGCGGCGACGGCACGUCCUCCUCGUCGACCCCGCCUCCGGUCGCCGCCUCGGCCGUGCGCCCAUCUCCUCUCGUUCCAUCUGCGGCGAGCCGGAUUUGGGCCUCAACGAGAAGGUCAGCUUCCUUUCUCUGCACGAGCACGCGGAGGCCGCGGCCCUCACGGACGCCGUCGAGCAGGCCGCAGAUCCACAGAUGACGGACGCAGUAGUACGUCCUCGGGCCUCCUACUCGUGCGAGGCAGGAAUGCAUGGCGACGGCGUGGACGCCCCCUCCGUGGUCACCACGCCGGGGGGAGGUGGUGGCAACACAGCAGCUCGAGCUCGCCUUCCUCAACCCCAGCACCCUGACCCUGAGGCGAAUGUGGAUGUUGCACAAUAUUGUGAAGGUGUAGCACUGCUCAAUUCAAUUUCCACUGCACAUAUCUACUUCAAUUUCUACUACAAAUUCACCUUUUCAACAGCAGACGCGGGGCAGAGAAGUCAGACGGCAAGGAGGAGCAGCAGCAUCAGAAGGCGAGGAGGAGCAGAAGCAUCAGACGGCGAGGACUCGAUCGGGGGCGUUGGCGUUGCCCAAGAGCAGCAGCAUCAGAGGCUGGAGGGAAUCGCGGCGGCCGCAGAAGGAAGCGGCGGCCAGCGACUUGCCCAAAUCCCGCACCGGCGGCCGCGGGCGCGAGGAAGCGGGCAGAGGAUGAGGGCGCGGGCCGCACCGGCUAGGGACGCGAGCAGGGCGACAAAGGAGGUGCCGUCAGCCGUGGAGGAGGCGGGCGUCCAGUUGGUCGCCGCGGAGGAGCAGUCACCUCCGUGUGGGCGGCGGCGCAGCUCGCCUUCGUGCAGGCGGCACAGGUGGGCAGGGGCGCCGCGGAUUGGCAGCGGCGGCGCAGGUGGGCGGUGGCGCAGCGGCGACGCAGGUGGACGGCAGCGCGCUGGGCUCUACGGUGGCUGCCGACGGCGCGCUGGGCUUGUUCCUGCCGUGGGCGUCCGGAGGAGGAAGAAGCAAAGGGGUAAUUAGCAGGAGAUUUAAAAUCCUAAGGGUUUAUUUGCAAAAAUCACAAUGAACUACGCCGUGGACAACUUUUCCCGGACGGAGGGAGUAGUAAGUAAAACGUUCUUGAGGACAUAUGAGAAUUUCAUCUAGUCACUUUCAUCAUGUUUGUUUGA